GUUCGGAUUUUGCUUGGUUUGGUUGCAAUAAUAUCUUUUCAUUUGGUGAAAUUAAAAUUUUCGAUCAAAAAAUUUCAACAGCAAUGGCACAACGUAGAUAUCUAGCAAACGAUCGUGGCAAAACGCACGGUGGCUGCGACGGCAUCGCGCGUGCAUAUUCGUUCAUUUUUAACGUUGUACUCGCAGGUAUUUCGUUCGUAUUAUGCGGAUUUUGUGCCAGUGGUCUUUAUGAAUAUUACGAUCUUCAAAUUCAUGGAGUCCAAAUAUUGUAUCACACAAUACUUGCCUUGGCGAUUUUCUUUGCAGUACUGUUUCUGGUUGCACUUCUGGCUGUCUAUAGCAUUGCAAAAUCCGAUUCUUGCUUGAAUAUUUUCUUGUCACUAAUGAGCGCUGUAAUGAUUUUAUUGGUGGUCACUGUUAGCAUUUUCAUUUACAGCAAUAAAAGGGUGUUCAUCGAAAAUUUAGAACGUCUUUUUAACGAGGUCGAAUCUAACUAUGGUGCGAAUUACAAAUUUUUGGAACUUCUUCAGAAUCAGUUGAAUUGUUGUGGAGCCACAAAUAAUACCGCUGCAGAGCUGCGCACGGUUAUGCCAACGCUAAACUGUGACACUACAAGGAAUAGCUGCAUCACUGUCAUCGAAUCAUUCUUUGUAACUUAUUCAAACCAUUUUCCCAUUGUAUCUCUUUCGUUGGGUAUUACAAAGGUAAUCGAUCUAGUCUGUUGUUUGUACUUAAAUUCACGAUCAAAUAGCUACAAGCGAUUUUAAUCGAAAGUCACCACAAGCACAGGAGAAAGUUCCCAAAUUACUUUGUAUUUAAUGACAAUUUGCUGUUCAAUGAAAAAAUCACAUAAAGUCAUUUGCUGGAAUAAAGAUAUCAGUGAGA